AUGGCGCCGCAGCCGGGAGCCGAGGAAAUGCGGCCAGCCAGAAUGAGGUCGCGGUCGCCUCUCGGCGCCCUGUGGGACAGUCUUCUCAGCUGUACGAAGAUCCACCCUGGCCGAGUCCCGGACAAAUCUACUUCCGCCGCCCGAGUCGCGCGGCGCCUCGCAAUCCGCCCCGCCCCGCCGAGCUUCGAAUCUGCCGCGCGCUGCGCACCGCCCCACCCUGACCCGGAAGCACUCGGGGGGUGGCGAAGGAACACUUCCGACUGGCGCAGGUCGGGCUACGGGCAGCCGCUUCUCACCGGAUCCCGUGCUACCUCAGCCAUGGGCAAGAAGCACAAGAAGCACAAGGCAGAAUGGCGCUCGUCGUACGAAGAUUAUACAGACACACCACUGGAGAAGCCUCUGAAGCUGGUGCUCAAGGUGGGAGGAAGUGAAGUGACAGAGCUCUCAGGAUCUGGUCACGACUCCAGCUACUAUGAUGACCGGUCAGACCAUGAGCGGGAAAGACAUAGGGAAAAGAAGAAGAAAAAGAAGAAGAAGUCAGAGAAGGAAAAGCACCUUGAUGAGGAGGAGAGGAGGAAGAGGAAGGAAGAGAAGAAACGGAAGCGGGAGAAGGAACAUUGUGACUCAGAGGGGGAGGCUGAUGCCUUUGACCCUGGGAAGAAGGUGGAGGUGGAACCACCCCCAGAUCGACCAGUGAGAGCCUGCCGAACACAGCCAGCUGAGAAUGAGAGCACACCCAUCCAGAGGCUUCUGGAGCACUUCCUCCGCCAGCUACAGAGAAAAGAUCCUCAUGGAUUUUUUGCUUUUCCUGUUACGGAUGCAAUUGCUCCUGGGUAUUCAAUGAUAAUAAAACAUCCCAUGGACUUUGGCACGAUGAAAGACAAGAUUGUAGCUAAUGAAUAUAAAUCAGUCACAGAAUUUAAGGCAGAUUUCAAAUUAAUGUGUGAUAAUGCGAUGACGUACAAUAGACCAGACACCGUGUACUACAAAUUAGCCAAGAAGAUCCUGCACGCGGGCUUUAAGAUGAUGAGCAAAGCAGCUCUCUUGGGCAGUGAAGACCCCGCAGUUGAGGAACCUGUUCCUGAGGUUGUCCCAGUGCAAGUAGAAACUACCAAGAAAUCCAAAAAGCCGAGUAGAGAAGUCAUCAGCUGCAUGUUUGAGCCUGAAGGGAAUGCCUGCAGCCUGACAGACAGCACAGCAGAGGAGCAUGUGCUAGCCCUGGUAGAGCACGCAGCUGAUGAGGCUCGGGACAGGAUUAACCGGUUUCUCCCAGGUGGCAAGAUGGGGUACCUGAAGAAGCUUGGAGAUGGAAGUCUACUCUACAGUGUGGUGAAUGCAACUGAGCCUGAUGCUGAUGAGGAGGAGACACACCCUGUGGACCUGAGUUCACUGUCCAGCAAGUUGCUCCCAGGUUUUACAACAUUGGGUUUCAAAGAUGAAAGAAGAAAUAAAGUCACAUUCCUCUCCAGUGCCAGCACUGCACUUUCAAUGCAGAACAACUCUGUGUUUGGGGACUUGAAGUCGGAUGAGAUGGAGCUUCUGUAUUCUGCCUAUGGAGAUGAGACUGGUGUGCAGUGCGCACUGAGCCUGCAGGAAUUCGUGAAGGAUGCUGGAAGCUACAGCAAGAAAAUGGUAGAUGACCUCCUGGACCAAAUCACAGGUGGCGAUCACUCAAGGAUGAUCUUCCAGCUGAAGCAGAGGAGGAGCAUCCCCAUGAGACCUGCAGAUGAGAUGAAGGUUGGGGACCCACUGGGAGAUAGUGGUGGCCCUGUUCUGGACUUCAUGUCAAUGAAACAGUAUCCUGAUGUCUCCCUGGAUGUGUCCAUGCUCAGCUCUCUUGGGAAAGUGAAGAAGGAGCUGGACCAUGAGGAUAGCCACUUGAACUUGGACGAGACAGCCAGGCUCCUGCAGGACUUACAUGAAGCACAAGCAGAGCGAGGAGGCUCCCGGCCAUCCUCCAACCUUAGCUCUCUGUCCACUGCCUCUGAGAGGGAGCAGCAUCCUCCAGGAAGUCCUUCUCGCCUUAGUGUUGGGGAACAGCCGGAUGUCACCCAUGACCCUUACGAAUUCCUUCAAUCUCCAGAACCUGCAGCUCCUGCCAAGAACUAGCUCGUGGGUUUUCCAGAUGUUUUAUUUUAUUUUUCUACAUUUUAUUUGAUACGGUUUUUGUCACAAGACAGAAACUUUUGUCUCAUCCUCUCUGGCUUGUAGCAGCCUGAGGAGAUGGUGGCUUGUCUGUACUGUCAUGUCUGCAGCAGAGGCCCAGUUGCCCGAACGGUGUCAGUAAGUUCUGAGCAGUGGAAUAGAACAUAGAUGGGUUGCAGUCAGAUGGCUCAACUCUGUCUCCCGAGCUCCAGCAGCCAAGCCUGUCUGAUAGCGUGCACAUAGUCAUUCUACACGCAGUCUCAAAGGGGCCUCAGCACAGGCCUGCACAGACAGUACCUUCUGGUUUCUACCUGUCACUGAGCCAGAGGAGGGAGCUGUCUCCUUGACAAAUAAUGAACCACCCCACCUUGUAGAAUGAAGUAUUCAGAGUCAUAAAAUGUCUCAAAACUGGAUGUAUUUGCAAAAUACACAAAAAUAGGUCCUAAUAAAGAGAUGCCUAAGGGUAA